UUAAUUUUGCAGCAAGAAUGUGGCGAAGAAAUAUGGGAGACGAUACUUCGGGAAUCAGGAGCAAGAAACACAGUAUUCAGCGCUACCCAGCAAUAUCCUGACGCGCUUAUGUUACGACUAGCAAGCGCUUUAGCAAGAUUCUUGAACAAAGACACCACCAGUCCGACAGCUUCCACUCCUGAUAGCCCAGCUCCGAGGAAAACAUCGCUAAAGUCCAAACCUUCGUGGAGAAGCGCCUCAGUCCACAAUGACGGCAGAGCACAUUACUCCAAAUGCCAUUUCACAGCAACACAUGCUCUACUAGUAGCCACAAAAAAAGAAAUAGCUGCAUACAAUUCUACAGAAGAAAUCCGUAACAGAACUAAAUCUAUAGAUAAAAUAACUUAUAACAAAGAUGCUAUAACAAGAACUGGCAGUGUCAAUAGGAGAAGUUUCGCUUUCGCUUUAGAUUCUUGUGGCAAGGAAGUGGAAAAGAUUCCUGAAGGUGUUCAAGUAGAAGUGACUACAAACUCCCCAGAUGUCUCUCAGCCUACAUCUCCAGAUUCUGAAUGUAUGAGGAGUUGUAUGAUGAGAUCGCCGACUCGUAAAACGAGCUGUACGGUAGCACUCGAUAUUUAUAGACGAAGAGGGUCGGGAAUGGUAGAGAGACAGAGAUUGAACAGCCUUCCCUUGAUCAGCGAAGACAAGUUGAGCAUCUUGAGGGAAAAGUUCAGUACACCGGAGAAGGUCAUGCAUUUCUUCGGACGAUGCUUCGUGAAAUUUUUCAGCAACUAUGGGUACGACACAAUGAUCCGCGCGACCGGCCGCUACUUCUGCACGUUCCUGCAGUCGGUGGACAGCAUCCACCAACGCAUGCGUUUCACGUUCCCGCGCAUGCGCUCCCCUUGUAUGCAGCUUACGCGCGCGCACCGCCAUGGCGCUGAGCUGGUGUACAGCAGCACGAGGACUGGAUUCACACACUAUCUGAUGGGGCAACUUUAUGAAAUAGCGGAAGAUAUAUUUUCCUUGAAGCUGAAGGUGUCGGUGCUAAAAGAAAGUAUGGAAGGCAGUCACUAUGUAGCUGUGUUACGACUGGAGUUCGACAAUAGUGAUUAUGUGCAAUCUCUGAUGCUGAAGAAGAGUCUGCCCUGCCUGUUGCCAGCUGUCCCGGCCUCACUUCUGCUGCAGCUUUUCCCUUUUGGAGUUAUGCUGGACCGCCGUAUGAAAGUCCUCAUGGCUGGUGAAAAGCUUGUCGAAGCGUGGGGUGGACCUUGCGGACGUAUGGCAAGGUCACCAAUAUCGGAAAUACUACGAUUGAGAAAACCUAAAGUAUCUUUCACUUGGGACAAGGUAUCAUGCAUGCAGACGAUGAUAUUCGAGCUGGAGUUAAUGCGGUGGCGGGCGCGGUGCGCGGGCGAUGCGCGGCGUGGCUCACAGGGCGCCCGCUCGGUGCUGCUGAAGGGACCCAUGCACUUGCUGGAAGAGAUUGACGCCCUGAUAUUCCUGUGCAGCCCCAUUUUCAAUGACUUGGAGGAACUCCGGCUAGCGGGCUUAUACCUCGCCGAUAUGAACGGUCACGGCUUAUCCAAGGAGAUGCUCCUGCAAGGCUGGCAGCACCUUUCCAAACUAGAACUACUCUUCGAGAAAGCGGAGACCAGGUCCAUAUCGCUGGAGAAAUCAUGCCGCCUCCGCGAUCAAUGGAAGAAGAGAGGAGACCAAUUGCUGUAUUCGAUGAUUCCCAAACAGAUCGCAGACCAUUUAAGAGCUGGCAAAGAUCCGAUGGCGGCUUGUCAGGCGUACGAUGGAGUGACUAUAAUAUUCUGCGGCGUUCAACUGUCGGAGGCAGAGUCGCGAGCGGACGUAAUGCAAACCGUUGCGUAUAUGAAUGACUUGUAUUCGAGGAUCGACCGGCUACUGGAUACACAUCGAGUGUACAAGGUGGAGACAGUGGGUACAGUUUACAUGCUGGUGUCGGGAGCGCCGGACCGAAGCCGCACACACGCCGCCUCAGCAGCGAGCGCGGCGCUCGCCAUCGCUAGGGCACUGCCUGUGCUCACUAUAGGUGUCCAUUCUGGCUCGGUCGUGGCCGGCGUCCUGGGGCUGCGGCUGCCAAGAUAUUGCUUGGUCGGAGACACGGUCAAUACUGCCAGCCGAAUGCAAACUACGUCAGAGCCGGGGCGUAUCCAAGUGUCUGCCAAAGCAGCUGCUCAGCUACCGGCCGGCAGAUUCAGACUGCGACGUCGAGGUCUCAUAAAAGUUAAGGGAAAAGGAAUGAUGGAGACGUUUUGGCUAGAGGGUGAAGUGGAAGAAGAAGAACAGGACGAGGCUCUUCAAUUGUUUUCUGCACUUUGUGGUGAUGAAUGAAAAUUAUACCUAUUAUGUAGAACUACCUUUUUAAUACCUGUUAAAAUGUACCUUCCCACCAAAAUAUCGUUUAUAGGUACUUCAAUUAUAUUCAGAAAGUAGAGUAUUUUAGGUAUGAUAGUUUAAAAAAAACUACUUGGGUUCCCUAUU